CGUCCUAAAUAUGACCGUUGUAUUCAAAUUUCAAAACUUCAUUAUUCACGUACUAAUAUAAAACUACACACACUAAAAUCUCUCAACGGCUUACACACACUGAAAACUGAGUCUCAACGAGCAACUAUGAAAAACGUCGCCGUUUUAUCCUCAGCAACUUCGGCCAAAUCGACCACCACUACCGCCUCCAUCGAAGAAGAAUACCGAGACAGCUCCUGCUACUACUACCCGGGUUGCCGAAAAGAUGCGAAUUGCAGCUGCGAAAUGUGCUUGGCAAGUAUCAAUGCCACUCUUGACCUCGUUCCCAUGAGCUCUCUCUCCAAGCUCUCCACCGCUUCUAGGCCAAAUCCCAAGGUUGCAGUCACUCCCAUCUCUUUUAGCGCUUCCAGUUUGUCCACGCCGAGAUCGGACACCCCUCGGACUCCGGUGUCCCCACGUCUCAGAUCAUCUGCCAGGACUAAUCUAAAAGAGAAGAAGUUGAGAAGAAAAGAGAGACAAUGGGGCUGCGGUAGCGAUUUCUUGAGAUUGUUUGGGGUGUUUAGCUUGAUUUUCAUGGCUGAAUUUGGGUUUUUUGGGAUAGUUUCUGAGGUUUCAAAACCUGUGUUUACUCCGGAUAUGGUGAGGAAUCUUGGAGAAAAAUCUUCGGCUGUGAAAGAUUUGAAAGGGAAACUGAGGUUCUUGCAGAAAUCGUUGCAGGGUGUUGUUGACCUUGAUAAGGUUUCUAAUUGCAGCUACGCUAAUUCCAGAUGGGAAAUCAGCCAGGAUGCUUUGCUGCUAAGCUCGCACUGCAAAUUGUACAAAUCGUCCAGAGAGGAGAUAAGAAUAUGGGGAUGGCCUCUGCAGACAGCAGGAUUACUCACAACUGGAUUCUCUACUCGAUCGUUCACCAUUGUAUCUGGCAGAGUCACAGAGUGGUCAGAUGGAAAGGUUGGCUAUGUCAUUCGAAAGGCGAAUUCCUCAUGGGCUCACCAGAAAUGGAGAUCCUCUGCAAUUCAAUUCGAUCCAAAUACAUGGAUUCUGGAAUAUCGGCGCAGCUCAAUACUUGAAAAUCCAAGACUGGUUUCAGCAGCGCUAUCAAUCUUGAAAUACAGGGUGUCAAGAAUAGUUGGCCAGAUGAAGCAUGAUUUAUGGCUCUUCUCUGCUUUUGAGAGUUACCAACACCAUAAUUUCGCUGCCGAAAGGGCUGUACAAGUCCCAACCUGAUGGAUAACGUCCAAUUUUCUCAUUUCUUGUGAGAAUCUGAAUUUGUAUUUUCCUCC